AUGCUAAACAUAUUCUUGAUCUAUGUCGUGAGAAAAAGAGCAGCUCGAUUAUUUGGUGCUUAUAAGCAUACUAUGGCUGCUUGUGCUGUAUUCGACAUAAUUUUUAGUGUUGUUUAUAUUAUAUGUAGCCCGACCUUUGCUGCUACUCCUGAAAAGUCGGCGUUGUUGAUUGUCAACGGUGGAUUCGAAAUACCGACAACAUGGGGACGUUCAUUGAUAGUUGUUUUUGUGCUUCUGCUCUGCAAUUCCGUUGUCAUACCUCCAUGUUUAUUUGUAUUUCGGACAAGUUUCUUGGAGCGGCAUCAACAGUUAUUACGCUACUUAAUCAUUGUACCAUUUCUUGUCUCGUCGUCGAUUUGUGGAAUGAUCUGCUUCGCUGCAUGGCCUACGGAUUCCGACAUAGAAUAUUUCACGUGUAUCGCCUACGAUAUAAAUGUAGAAGGGAACUUCACUUUCCUGGUCGCAUCAUUACAGAAAGAUGAUACUUCUUCUGAAAAGCUCCGAAGUGACACUCUACUUGCUGGUACGAUUACUGUAAUCGUGCUACUGGUGGUAGCAAUGGCCACGAUAAUUCUCUGUGCCCGACGAAUCACAGCCAAGGUGAAGAAGAAUACUUCAAUCCACACUCGUCAUCUUGAUAUGCAACUACGCAAGACACUGUUCGCUCAGGUGAGAAUAACCGAGUAG